CAGUAGCAUGUAAUAAGCUCACGGUGUCGCUGGUUGGCAAACAGAUUACUAGGGCUCAUUGUGGUAUAUAAGGAAAGAGCCUCCUUCGCAUUGAGGCCUCAAGUAUUCCAAUUGCGAAGCGAAACCCGGUGGACAUCGAUGGCGACGGCAAUCGGACUCGUGCUAAUGCAAAGAUCCCGGAAAAGGGUAAUCGCUGCAUCGAGGUCUCUGCCGGAGGAGGAGGAGGAAAUAGAGAAAACCGUGUAUUUUCGCGCGACUUCGUCGUUCAACAAACAGAUAGUGUCGGAUUGGUACAUUAUUAAGUUAUCAAGCAAGGAUUGCACUCAGAAGAAAUGGACGAUGACAGGAGCUGGUUUAGUACUGUGCAGAAAAAGAAGAAGAACAAGAGGGGAAGGAUCAAAAAACCAGCUUGAUCUCAAAUCGAUCCUGAAGAACACCCCCCAUCACUCGUUCUAUAGCCGCUUUGCGGCCGUGGGCUCCACCAUAUACUGCACUAGUGCCGCCAACAGCGACUGCCGCGAUGUCCUUGCAUUGGACACUUCGAAUCCUACUACUAGUUUGCAAUGGCAAGCCGUUCCUUCCAUGAACAUCAGAAGAGAAGGAGAAUUUUCUGAGGCUGUGACGGCUGACGAUGGUAAGAUCUAUGUCUUUGGUGGUGGUUCUAACCUUUCUAGACUAAAACCUGGUGAGGAACAAUUUGUAGUCGAGGUUUUCGACCCGAGCAAGAACACCUGGGAGGCUAUUAAUCCACCGCCUCAAGAGAUGAGGCCACUUUAUUGUGAUCAUCUUGUUUUUUCAGUGUAUGAUUAUACUUCAAGGAGGAUUAUUUUGGGUUCGAUUGCUGGUUUCUUCAUCGUCUAUGAUCUGAGAGAUGCUUCUUGGGGAGUCCUACCCAAAAGGUUUAGUGCUUCAAUGGAUACACGUAUCAGUUGCCCUGCAUUCUUUGAUAACACUCUCUACUGGAUUCAGAUUGUGGACUACGACACUUAUAGGUGCGGCUUAUGUGCCUACGAUUUGGAUCUCGAAAUGAUAAUCCACGGCCAUAUCAUGGAUGUAGAUCCUAGCUUUUGCCGUUCCUGCAUUGGUUCGAUGCAUUUUAGUCAUUUUCGUGGUGAUGAGUUCUACUUGAUUUGGCUUUACUCCGGCCGUUGGGUUCGAUGCGAGAGAAUGCGAGUUUUAAAACGGGUUGACAUGGAGAAACGACAAGGUAGCCUCCAAUGUCGUGUCCUCUCCACCAAAACUUAUAUGCUUGAAACCGAAGCAAAAAGCAUAGAUGCUGUGCUGCUGUAACGGCAGAUCCAGCUGUGAAAAGAUGAUGUGUGACAACUAGUUUCAUUAUUGUCUCUAGCUACUAAUAUUUAUUUAUGUUUUGGAGAGAGGUUGGAACUUUUUAUGACAUUGUGGUGGCUAUCUUCAUGUGAUGGACUUCAUCUUUAGAUUCUAUUUAUUUGUGUUAUCAAAAAUAUUGGAUAUGGUGGAAAAGGGGAACAUAUUUUUUAGUUCAUUUGUGUAUAGAACUAGAUGUUAUAUUUAAUUUUUGGGGCAUAACAAAA